CGAAAAUAAAAAUAAAAAUAUCGUGUAAGAUAGGUUGUGCUGGGAGGCCAUGCCGCUAGUGUUUAGAAUUUACGGGAAUGAGAGCUCCUGCAUUCCCAUUUUCAAUCCCGUUCGGACCAUGCCAAACAGGAGCAGCAUCACGUGGCGGCGGCGAUGGAGGUCAGUUGAUGAAACUCGUACGAGGGUGUGGUGCAUGGCAAAGAAAUCCAAGCGAAGUAGCAGCAGCGGCACAAAGGGCAAUGACGCCAAAUCGUCACCACAGUCGCCAUCCUCGUCUGCGUAUGCCAAAGAGACGCGACGAGUGGUUUUCAGCCUCCAGAACGUGGGCAAGGUGACGCCAAUGGGAAAACAAAUACUGAAAAACAUCAACCUGGGAAUGUACAUGGGUGCUAAGAUUGGUAUCCUGGGCUCCAAUGGCUCAGGCAAGAGCUCGCUACUCAAUCUCUUAGCGGGAGUCGAUAAAAAUUACGACGGUGAUGUCUCUGUCGAUCGCAACCUCAAACUCGGCUACUUGCCUCAGGAACCAUUGCUAGACGAUGGAGCAACAGUGAUGGAAAACAUAGAGCCUGCUCUCUCCGAAACUAGGAAACUGCUUUCGGACUUCGAGCAGGUGAGUGCAGAUAUGGCAACCGGCACUGGUGGUAUGGAAAAGCUCAUGUCAAGGAUGGAAAAACUGCAAGAUGCACUGGAUGCAUGCAACGGAUGGGAACUCGAUCGUCGGCUGGAGCGGGCACUUAGUGCUCUCAAGUGUCCGCCUCCAGAUGCUUUUGUCGCCAACUUGAGCGGUGGAGAGCUACGUCGUGUGGCUUUAUGUCGUCUCCUUCUCCAGAGUCCGGAUAUUUUACUUCUGGACGAACCAACAAACCAUCUCGACGCAGAGGCAGUUGCUUGGCUUGAACAAUAUCUUGCAGACUUUAAAGGGACGGUUGUUGCAGUCACACAUGAUCGAUACUUCCUGGAUAAUGUUGCUGGCUGGAUACUAGAGCUGGACAGGGGACAAGGCAUUCCCUUCGAAGGUAAUUACUCGGCAUGGCUAGAAGCAAAGGAAAAACGUAUGUCGGUGGAAGAGAAAGAGCAAACGGCACUCAAGCGUACUAUAGCUCGGGAACUUGAGUGGAUCAGACAGAAGGCCAAAGGACAACAGAAGAAGGGACGGGCACGCGAGCGCUCCUAUGAGGAACUCCUGCAGAAGGCGAAAGAACAUGAAAAAGCCGAAAAGCUGCAGUCAAUAUAUUUACCUCCGGGGCCUCGCCUGGGAAAUCUGGUGGUGGAGGCAGAGAAUCUACGUAAAGAUCUUGGAGGCCGCACCUUGAUUGAAAAUCUCACUUUCUCGCUCCCCCCUGCUGGUGUGGUUGGGGUUAUAGGGGCAAAUGGAACUGGCAAAUCCACCUUGUUCCGUAUGUUGAUUGGUCAGGAGUCCCCGGACAGUGGCCGCCUGAGGAUUGGGGAGACGGUUGUCCCUCUGUACGUAGACCAGUCGCGAGAAAGCCUGACUCCGGGAAGGACGGUGUUUCAAGAGAUCAGUGAUGGAGAUGACGAGGUUACUCUCGGGGAGAGGAAAGUGAGUGCUCGAGCCUACUUAUCGUGGUUCAACUUCAAAGGCGCGGACCAGCAGAAACUUGUUGGAAGUUUGUCAGGCGGGGAAAGGAACAGACUCCAUCUGGCCAAGGUGCUCAAAUGUGGUGGCAACUUCCUCUUGCUGGACGAGCCUACCAACGACCUGGACGUGGACACUCUCCGAACUCUCGAGGAGGCCAUCCACAACUUCGCUGGUUCCGUCAUCGUUAUAUCCCACGACCGCUGGUUUCUGGACCGCAUUGCAACGCACAUCCUAGCAUUUGAAGGAGGCUCCACAGUUACGUAUUUUCAAGGCUCCUACACGGAAUACGAGGCGGAUAACAAGAAGCGCGAGGUUGGAAACACGAAGAUCAAGUACCAUGCAGUUGUAUAGUAACCGAGCAUGGAAAGUGUACCUUAACCAGGCAAGGGAAUGACAACGCAAGGGGAGUUCGCAA